ACACGGGUAAACCCAGAACAGUUUCGCCGAGCAAUCUGAUCACUUUUUAAAUACGGAGUAGGCUGCGCCAAUCCUGCCUCCACAGUACCAGUCCGACAUGAACAACGAGGAGAAGAACCUGAUCUACAAAGGAAUCCCGCUGCCGAAAGAGGUGCACUCGGCUGAAAGCCUGAAAUACGCCGAGGACUUUCAGGUUAGGGAGGACGAUGUCUUCGUUGUAACCUACCCCAAAUCAGGUACCACGUGGAUGCAAGAGAUCAUUCCCGUGAUUCUGAGCGACGGGGACCUGACCCCGAUACAGACCAUGCCGAACUGGGAACGGAUGCCCUGGCUCGAGGAGAUGCCAGCCUUGCAUUUGCUGGAUGCCCGUCCAUCCCCAAGAGGCAUCGUCACCCACCUGCCAUACCGGCUCAUGUGCUCCUCUUUCAGACAAUCGAAGGCCAAGGUCAUCUAUGUCACUCGGAACCCUAAGGAUGUCCUGGUGUCUUCUUUCCACUUCCACAGCAUGGCUACCUUCCUGGAGGAUCCUGGCACCUUUGACGAAUUCCUUGAAAAGUUCUUGGCUGGCAAACUGCUUUUCGGGAAGUGGUGCGACCAUGUGAGAGGCUGGAGGAGCUCGGAGCUGAAGGGACGUGUCCUGUAUAUCACCUACGAGGAGAUGCUGGAGGACUUAAGGGGUGCCGUGGUGAAGUUUAGCCAUUUUCUGGGGAAGCCUCUGAGUGAGGAGACUAUUGACACGAUUGUCGAGAAAGGGUGUUUCAAAAGCAUGAAGAACAACACCAUGUCGAACUACUCCUUGGUACCCGAGGGGGUCUUCCAUAAGGGCAAGUCCGAGUUUUUAAGAAAAGGAGUUUCUGGGGACUGGAGAAACCACUUCACUGCCGCCAACGAAGAGCGUUUUAACUCCGUUUACCGGGAACAGAUGAAGGAUGCUGACUUGAAAUUCCCCUGGGAUGACAAUUAAGCUGAACCCUCCUAUUCAACUUUAUAUAUCUAUAUCUAUAUCCAUAUCUCUCUCUCUCUCUCUCUCUCUCUCUCUCUCUCUCUCUCUC